AUGGGAUUCCGCUUCGCCCGCCUCGCCGCCCGCGCCGCGGCCUCUCGCCGGGGCAUGAUCCCAGCAGCCUCCGCUCGCCGCGCGCUCGCCCCACCCGCCUUGCCGGCGGAGCCACGCUGCGGGCCCCACUGGCUCGUCCCCGCCCGCGGCCACGUGGGCCACUCGUACCACCACGGCGGGGAGGACGAGGGCGAGACGUCUGAGAGGAUCUUCCGGCUGGGACUCGCCGCUGACGUCGUACUCACCGUGGGGAAGGCCGUCACAGGCUCUCUCUCCGGCAGCACCGCCAUCGCUGCCGACGCCGCCCACUCCCUCUCGGACAUAGUGCUUAGCGGGGUGGCUCUGCUGUCGUACAGGGCGGCCAAGGCUCCCAGAGACAAGGAACAUCCCUAUGGGCAUGGAAAGUUUGAAAGUUUAGGAGCUCUUGGGAUUUCAAGUAUGCUGUUGGUUACUUCAGGUGGGAUUGCAUGGCAUGCUUUUGAAGUUCUUCAGGGAGUUAUGUCUUCUGCUCCUGAUAUAAUUGGCAACACAUUGCAUGCCCACCACGACAAUGGUAGCAGUGGGCAUCAUCAUGGAAUAGAUUUGGAACAUCCAGUUCUUGCAUUGAGCAUGACAACUUUAGCAAUAUCUAUCAAAGAAGGGCUCUACUGGAUCACAAAAAGAGCUGGGGAAAAGGAAGGCAGUGGGCUGAUGAAAGCUAAUGCAUGGCACCAUCGUGCCGAUGCUAUUUCAUCUGUCGUUGCCCUAGUAGGGGUAGGUGGUUCCAUUCUUGGGUUGCCUCUUCUUGAUCCACUAGCUGGACUUGUUGUCUCUGGCAUGAUUCUGAAAGCUGGUAUUCAGACUGGAUAUGAGAGUGUAAUGGAAUUAGUUGACGCUGCUGUGGAUCCUUCACUUCUAGAACCAAUCAAGGAAACUAUUUUGAGGGUUCACGGUGUGAAGGGGUGCCAUCGAUUGAGGGGAAGAAAAGCUGGGACAUCAUUAUAUCUUGAUGUACAUAUAGAGGUGUAUCCUUUUCUGAGUGUUAGCGCAGCACAUGAUAUCAGUGAAACUGUUCGUCAUCAAAUUCAAAAGGAGCACAAUCAAGUUGCUGAAGUUUUCAUACACAUAGAUCCCUCAUACUCAGUAGCCCUGAGCAUGGACCUGAAAAGGAAUCUGAAGAACUCUGAUGGAAUGAAUUCAGAAGCUAUCUUACGGCAACAGAGUGCAGAAGCCAUUGUGUCCAAUAUUAUUUCGUCUCAUUUUUCGAAGUAUUAA